AUGACUCUGAUUUUUGAUAUCCACGUCUAUAAGCGAUAUGAACAGACGUGUUGUGGAAGUGUGGUACGGAACAACACUGACGCUUGUUGUGGUACAACUUCUUACAACUCCAAAGAAAGUAGCGUGAAAUGCGACAACAAUCAGCUCGUUCCUAAAGGAAAUACGCCAGAGCCAACUAGGUGUGGAAACAAAGCCAUAAAGGAAACUAUCCAGGGCUGUUGUAAUGGGGCACAAUUUGAUUUACUUAAUCAAAUUUGUUGUGGAGGAACCAUUUUGCAUAAAUCAAAGAAAUGCUGUGAUGGGAGAGAAUUGGACACAGCAAAAUAUGUGUGUUGCAAGGGAGAUAAAAUAGAACAACAGGUCAAGUUACAGCCUAACAGUGAUGAAUGCUGUUUACUGAAAAAUGGUUCUUUUCAAACAUUCAACAGAAAAUAUUCUGAAUGUAGUCUUGCCUUAGGAGUUGCUCCAAAGGGAUCCAGAUGUGGAACUUUGUUGUAUAACAAAAGUAGAGAUCUUUGUUGUCAGGGAAUACUAUUUAAAAAUGGUACUCUCCAGAAGAGGAAAUGCUGUGGUGUUAAAUCCUAUGAUACUCAAUGCCAGGAAUGCCAACACGAUGGCAUCAAAGAUUUGAAAACAUGUAACGAACAUGUCAAAUUUAAGGAAACACAACAUUACUGUGGGAAAAAAGAAUAUAACAAGGAUAGAGAUCUAUGUUGUCGUGAUAAGCUUUAUGUCAAUGGAACAACACAGAGAAAAGGCUGUUGUGGAAUAAAAUCUUACUUGAAAAAGAAUAAAAAAUGUCUUCAUGGAGAAACCAGGGAAGGGUAUGUAUCAUUUAAAUGA